CAACUUCAAAGUUGACAUAAUACAUAGUACCUGUCAUAUCUGUUACGAGUUUUGAUAACGAAGGAAUUUGGAAAAAUAAGAUUCGUAUAUUUUAAUGAUUGCUGUGAAAUAAGUUAAAAAUUGAAUGAUUGUUAGCAAUUGAUUUCUUCAUCGCAUUAUCAUUUGGGUUGUUUAUUAUGCAAAUUGCAAUGCAUUAGGCAUAAGAAAAGAUUUCCAGUGCGAACAAAAUAAUAACCUGUCUUGUGUACUUUAUAUUGUUUUACUGCAUUGUUAAAAAUUAAUACGUCGAAAUGGAAUCCAUACCAGCUGCAAAGGUUAAGAAUAUAAAACCAAUGAGCAAGACUAAAUUAAAGAAAACUAUUAAAAAUGUAGUUUGCCGCCCAGAUCCUGUUACUUGGCCUCUGGCAUCAGAUCCUGAAAUAGCAAGUUUGGAAGCAGUUCUUCAGAAGCAUUGUAUCAAUAUACCUACAUUUAAGAAAUUACACUGGAACGAAAUUAAGUCAAUACCCAAAGAAAAGAGGCCAAAGCCUCCACCAAUAAAAAAAGUAGAGGGACUACUUUUUGGUAUUUCAGAAUGCCAAAAUUCAAUAGAAAGUGGAAUUUGUUCUGCAAUCUUAAUAGAAUCAGAAGUAAACCCAAAAGUUUUAGUUGAAUCACUUAUUGAAGAUUGUCAAACUCAUUCCAUACCUUUUAUUUGUUUGAAAGAUCUUAGAAAAACAAGUGCUAUUAAUUUUGGAAUAGCUACAAGUUGCCUUGGCAUCAAGAAAAAUUGUCUAUUAGACAUUCAGAGUGUUAUAGAAGAUAUUUAUGAGAAAAAACAACCAAUUAUAAAAGAAAUUAGUAUUACAAAAAGUUGUGAAAAAGAAGAAUCUAUGGAUAUGGACACUUCCAGCCAAAUUUUAACCUAUCCUUAUUUACACAGAAAAGAUAAGAAGACUAGAGUAUUUUCACCAUCAGAAAACACAAAGCUAGGAAAUGCAAUGAAUAAAUUCAGUGGACAGAACUUUAUUGAAUUUUCCGGAAGUAAAAAAAGUGAUAGAAAAUCCUAUAUGAAUAUGAUACUUAAAAGAAUAUCUAAUAAUCCAAAUAGAGUUAAGUUGAAAGAAUGAUGAAAUAAAACCAUUUAUUUGACAA